UCCAGCGCCGCUGUCUUGGUGGCACAGGAUGGCGGAGGAGAGCGGCGUCUGCAGCUUUGUGUUCAAGAAACGGGUCCGGGCCGCGGGCAGCGGCCGGCGAAAACGGCCCGGCAGCGACCAGGAGCGAGAGAGCAGCGGGGAGGAGGGCAGCACCGUGGUGCGCAAGGAGCGGCGGCGGGACACCCCCAACCCCAUGAUCCAGAAGACCAGGCGCUGCACGAGGGAGAGGCCGGACUACGCGCCGAGCAGCAGCGACGAUGAGGAUCCUGCCAAGGAGAUCGGGGUCACCUACAAAUCCACCAGGUCGGCGAAACCUGUUGGCCCAGAAGACAUGGGAGCCACAGCAGUGUAUGAACUGGACACAGAGAAGGAGAAGGAUGCCCAGGCCAUCUUUGAGCGCAGCCAGAAAAUCCAGGAGGAGCUGAGAGGAAAGGAAGACGAUAAAAUUUACCGUGGCAUUAACAACUACCAGAAGUAUGUGAAGCCCAAGGACACAUCAAUGGGAAAUGCCUCCUCAGGAAUGGUGAGGAAAGGCCCCAUCCGUGCUCCGGAGCACCUGCGGGCCACGGUGCGCUGGGACUACCAGCCCGACAUCUGCAAGGACUACAAAGAGACAGGGUUCUGCGGCUUCGGGGACAGCUGCAAGUUCCUGCACGACCGCUCUGACUACAAGCACGGCUGGCAGAUCGAACGGGAGCUGGACGAGGGCCGCUACGGCGUCAACGAUGACGAAAACUACGAGGUGAGCAGUGAUGAGGAGGACAUGCCUUUCAAAUGCUUCAUCUGCAGAGGUUCCUUCAAGAACCCCGUGGUCACCAAGUGUCGGCACUACUUCUGUGAGAGCUGUGCCCUGCAGCACUAUCGCAAAUCCCAGCGCUGCUACGUCUGUGACAAGCAAACCAACGGCGUCUUCAACCCUGCAAAAGAGCUCAUGGCAAAACUGGAAAAACACAAAGGGGAGGAAGAAGAGGAGCAACAGUCAGACCAAGAAGGGGAUCCACAGUAGGAGGACACAUUUUGUACAUAAAUGAAUAAAGUUUUUGUAGGAAAAAAAAAAACCUACGAGCUGUA